AUGGCUGAAGAGGGAGUGACGAGUGCAGUGAGUGAGUCGAGGAUGAAAGGGGCGGUGCUGGCAGCAGCGAUAGAGGAGAUGAAUGAGCUGCAGCGCACGUUGGCAGCAGUGCAGGGGGAGCUGGAAGCAGUUAAGAGCGAGUUGGAAGCGGUGAAAUACGAGUUGGCAGUGGUUAAGGGGGAGUUGGCAGAGAAGCUCGCUGAGGGUAGUAAGGCAUCGGAUGCAGAAGGGGUGAGAAGGGAGAGUAGGAAGAGAAAGCAAGAAAUCACAGCGGAGUUUGCACGGGAGGAGGAGAGAAGGAGGGAGGUGCAGGGGUUGAAUGAGCUUCUUGGCAUGGAGGAAUCGGCGGCCUGUGAGGAAGGGCAGAUGUUGCAAGAUUUGAAGCUGGAUGUUGAGCUGCAAAUCAGGAAGAGUGAAGGCGAUCGGAAGAAGGCAUGGAAUCGAAUCAAGGCAGCAUCGCAACGGGGGCCCAUUUUAAGUCUGUUGGGACUCUACAGCCUCUCCGACGACAUCCUCGCCCAUGUGUCCACCAUGACCCAGCUGACGAGCAUCAACUUGGACUCUAGCUCAGGCUUUAGUGCAGAGGGCAUCAAGCACCUCUACAGGCUGCCACAGCUGGAGAAGCUUAACCUGGAUCAUACAGACGUGUCAGGCAAUGCCUUGCAAGGCAUUGGGUCCUUGACCAGCCUCAAGGAGCUCCAUCUCUAUCAGGCCGAGGUGACUGAAGCUGGCCUGCUGCACUUGACAGCACUGACCUCUCUCGCAACGCUGCGGCUUUCUUGGUGCGAGGGCGUGACGGAUGCUUGCAUGGUGCAUGUGGGGAGGCUGACAGGGCUUGAGGUACUUGAGAUGAAUGGGACGGCAGUUACAGGUGCUGGCCUUCUGCACCUGGCAGGUCUCGCCUCUCUCAAAGAGCUGAAGCUUCACUUUUGCGAGGGUGUAACAAGCGCUGGAAUGCUGGGUGUGGGGAGGCUGGCAUCGCUGAAGGUACUUGUUCUGGUUAAAACGGCGGUCACCGAUGACGGUUUGCUGCACUUGACAGGCCUCUCCUCUCUCAGCAAGCUGGACCUUUCUGACUGCAAUGGUGUGACAGAUGCUGGCAUGGUGCAUGUGGGUAGGAUAAAUGGGCUUGAGCUCCUUGGUCUGCGUGGAACGGCAGUCAUGGAUGAUGGGCUGCAACAGCUGACUGCCCUGACCAAGCUGACAGCUCUUGAUACGCCAGAAGGGAAACUAGUUCUGGACGAUGCUGUAGACAGGCACAUAGGCAGGUAG